AACUACCACUCAACAAUAACAAACGGGAAGACAGUUCGUAGUUUUACGCUCGAGCGAUAAAUCAUAGAUAAGUAUAAUAUAAAUAAAUAUUACGUACCUGUUGUUAUAUAAAUACGGCUGACGACUUACGACUUACGAGUAAUCGCGGUUAUAUAAACUCGGUCGACUCGACUCGAUUCCGUCUCAUUAGCGAGCUCGAUUCACGCUGACCGACACUUCGGAGGACCCGCGACAGCAGACGACUCAUAUCGGACAUGGCUACCACCAGACUGGCGAUCGUGACGGGCGGCAACAAGGGCAUCGGGUACGCCAUCGUCAAGGACCUGUGCCGGCUGUUCGACGGCGACGUUUACCUGACGGCCCGGGACGUCGGCAGGGGCCAGGCGGCGGUGGAACGGCUGAACGAGCUGGGCCUGAAGCCCAAGUUCCAUCAGCUGGACGUGACCGACGCCGGUAGCGUGGCCGCUUUCGCCGCGUUCGUGGCCGACAACUACGCGGGCGUGGACGUGCUGGUCAACAACGCGGCGAUCGCCUUCAAGGCGGCCGCCACCGAGCCGUUCGGCGUGCAGGCCGAGGAGACGGUGCGCGUCAACUACUUCGCCCUGCGGUCCGUGUGCGACGCGCUGUUCCCGCUGCUCAGGGCCGGCGCGCGCGUGGUCAACUUGUCCAGCUCCGCGGGCCGCCUGUCCGUGAUCCCCGGCGAGGAGCUCAAGCGGAAGCUGUCGUCGCCCCAGCUGACCGUCGACGAGCUGGACGCGCUGGUCCGGCAGUUCGUGGACCGCGCCAAGGCCGGCGACCACGCGCAGUUCGGAUGGCCGUCCACCGCGUACGGCGUGUCCAAGGUGGCCGUCAGCGCGCUUACGUUCGUGCAGCAGAGGGCGUUCGACGCGGACCCCAGGGCCGACAUCGUCGUCAACAGCGUCCAUCCCGGGUACGUGGACACGGACAUGACCAGUCACAAGGGACCGCUGACCAUCGAACAGGGCGCCGAAGCUCGUUACCUGUCCCUGUUGCCGCCGGGCGAAAGCGACGUCAAGGGCCGUUACGUGUGGUGCGACAAGACCGUCAAGGACUGGUGCCAGUGUUGAGGCGCGUCGACGACGGCCGCUUUUAUGACGACGAUAUGCCCGGCCACGGGUGCUACUCGCCAUUUUUCACGUAUACAAAGUACUUAGAAUCAAACUACAAGUCUACACGCGUUUAUACUCUAUUCGUACACACAUUCCGUAUACUUAAUAUUGUGAAUUUUUUUACGAAAAUCAUAUGUUUAUUGUUAAAUAUUAUUCGAUUUGGCACUGCUCAAACUGUGUUACUUUUGUGCUGUUUUACAGAUGAUAUAUAUAUUUUAUCACAAUAUAAUAAUAUUUUUUUAAUCACAA